CGCGAAAGGAGUACAGGGCCUGCGAGGAAACGAGGUCUUUGCAUGCCGGUAGUCGCCAUAAAGUCUUAAAGCGGUGGGCCGCGAGAACAAAGGAAGUCUUGGUCCGUUGUGUCCAAGAUGGCGGCUCCACAGGGUCGCGUUCCCGCCGACUUCCUCCCCACGCCCGGCACGCCGGUAAUGCCGUGGCUUACGUGGAAGCGUGGCUUCCUUAACUAUCUUGAGGCGACUGACGCCGACGGUUUUCCGCCAAAGCGGAGAAGGGCGAUCUUGCUGUCCUUUUUGGGAGAAGAGGGGAAUCACGUCGUGGAUGCGUUUGGCCUCGCUGGCCCGGCCGUUGGCGCGUUCCAAGAUGAGUUUCAGGUGUUAUUGUCCGCUCUGGACACUCACUUCGCUUCCGCUCAGAACGUUGUCGUCGAACGCAGGAAGUUUGUCACAAGGGUGCAGGGCCCAGGGGAGACGGUCCUGGAGUAUCUUGGGGCGCUUCGGCGCUUAGCCUCGUUUUGCGACUACGAAGAGUCGUUGGAAAGCCGCGUCGCGGAAAUGUUUAUCUCGGGAAUCCGUAGCGCGGAAGUCCAAGAUCGCCUUAUCAGAGAGUCCGGUGGAGCUCACGCACCGAGCCUCGAGCGUGCUGUCCAGCUGGCGCAGCAAUUCGAGCGGACGUCUCGUGAUUGCGAUCUUUUCCGACGCUUAUCGCUAGACGCAACCCCGAGCGCGCCGCACGUGGUCGAGCGGAUCCAAGAUGGACGCGGUCGCGACCGAGAUGCUCAACAUGGCGGGCAGCCUCCCCGCCGUUGCGGAUCUUCCCCCCCGAGGCGUGAGCGUCCCCUUCCUCCUCCCCCGUCUCCGUCGCAGCGAGAGCCGCGCGAUCCUCCACCCGGGGCGCGUCUCCUCGUUCGCGACGACGGUUGUUUUUUCUGUGGCAGACGAAGCCACCCCCGAGAUGAGUGCCCAGCAUCCAGAGCCACAUGUUUCUCGUGUGGCCGUGAGGGACAUUUUGCAAAUGUGUGUCGAAGCCGACCGAGGGACGACCGGGAUCAACGAAAACUGGCCCUUCCUUCUGGGCGGCGGGCUUCUGCCCGCGGCUACUACGAGCAUCGGCAAGCAAGGCCUGGUCCUACAAGGAUUCAAGGCAUCACCUUCCCGGACUACGAGCUCCCGGCAACAAUCUACACCGUCGCGCCGCCCGAUGAUUUUCCGGAGCGGUGCCGUUUCUGUGGUGGCCGCUGCCACUCAAGGAAGUUUUGUCCGGCCGCACACCGUCGCUGCUUCUCCUGCCAGAAGCAAGGUCAUCUAGACCGUGUCUGCGAGAGUCGACCCCGGUGGCCACGACUCGACCGUGGGGGGCCUAGCAACCCUCCCACCGUGUUCGCGUUCGCCCACCGGAGGCAUCGAGAAAUGCGUCACUUUUCGGCGCCCCGAGCGCCAUGGUCCCGGCCCCGGGGAGGUACCUUGCCCCCGGAGCCCCCACGUCAUGCUGCAACGGGAGAAAGUCCCGCGUUCCUGCUUCAAGGCAGGAACCAUCGCAAUCGUCUUCAUCUUUCGGGGCGUCCAGUCCCCGACCCUCAAGUUCCAAGGUCCACAGUCCAACAAAGACUUCCACAAACAAUCAAGAAAUAUCAAGAACGCAUGAAGAUGUACUCAGACAGAAGGCGUGCUGUCAAGCGGCCGACAUUCAUUCCUGGACAGACUGUCAAGGUCAACAAGCCUCGUCACCGAGGAAAGUUACAGAUGAAGUAUGCUUCUCCUCAGAAGAUCCAAGACCAAAUAACAGCUGGUCAGCUGCCAGCUGGUCAGCCAGCCGUACAGAGACGGCAACUGAGAGUGCAUCUUCCAGCACCUCCUUUGAGGGUGCACCAGAACCAGUGCCAGUGCAAUUACCUGCGAGUGUGUCUUCACCACCAGUCACGACACAGCCCACAUCUCCCAGACCGGAGCCUCCUGAGCUUCAAGAUGUGGAUGUUUCAACGCCCCAGCAUCAAGGUCGUCCGUAACGAUUACGCAGACUGCCAGAACGAUUUAAAGAUUACUUAG